AUGGUUUUCGUCAACUUGAAGUCCAUCUCGCUGGUGGCACUCUCGAGUUUGGCACCCCUGAUCUCAGCCCUUGGACAGAAACAGAUCAUCUCUUUCCAAAAUGGUUCAGACAGCUUCCAGAUCGCGGGCGGCGACACUGGAACUGGACAGAUCCUGGUGUCCAGCGAUGACUACUGGGGUGUCAUUCGUGCUGCCGGUGACUUAGCCUUGGAUUUUGGUCGCGUCACGGGCACGAACUACACGCUCAGCAAUGGUGUGAAUGGCUCGGAGCCGGCUUCCUACACCUUUGCUCCCGUGGAUGUCAGCAACAACACUAUCUACCGCGUCCAAGACAAACAAUCCUUCACCGGCCCCAACUACACCGACCCAGCGCCCGGCAGCACAGUCGUCAUAGCCGGAACCGUUGGCCAUUCAAAGUUCAUCGACGAUCUCGUCGCGGCCAAAAAGCUCAACACGAGCGCAAUUGACGGGCAAUGGGAGUCUUUCGUCAGCCAAUUGGUUGAGAACCCCGUUCCGGGAUGCUCCCGCGCCCUCGUUAUUGCCGGCAGCGAUCCUCGAGGCACCAUCUACGGCAUAUACGACAUCAGCGAGCAGAUUGGCGUCAGCCCUUGGUACUUUUGGGCCGAUGUGCCUCCCAAGAAGGCCACUGAAAUAUACGUCUUGCCUGAAGGCAAGGUUCAAGGAUCCCCUUCGGUUAAGUAUCGUGGUUUCUUCCUUAAUGACGAGCAGCCGGCUUUGUCCAGUUGGGUUUCAUCCCGAUGGAACGACACCUGGAACAAUGCCGCAGGGUACAACUACCACUUCUAUAGCCUGGUCGGCGAGCUUCUACUCCGUCUUCGUGCCAACUACAUCUGGCCAACGGUUUGGGGCAGCAUGAUUUACGUCGACGACCCACUCAACCAGCCCCUCCUCGAUGCCUACGAGGUUGUUCUGGGUGGUUCCCACACGGAGCCUAUGAUGCGCGCCCAGAACGAGUUCCAGACAUUCUACCAAGGCCAGUGGGCGUACAAUCUCAACAACAAAACCAUUGAUGACUACUUCCGGUACGGUGUGCAGCGUGCCAAGCCAUACACCCGUAACAGUCUGUAUACGAUGGGAAUGCGUGGCACGGGCGACACGGCUAUCGAGGGCAACUUGGGAGUUGAGGCAAUCAUCGAGAUGCUGGAGGUACUUGUGAAGAACCAGCAGAAAAUCAUUGUCGAUGGCCUUGGGGUCGAGUCUGCCUCCGAUGUUCCGUCCUUAUGGUGUCUCUACAAGGAGGUUCAGUCAUACCAAGAGAAGGGCCUCCAGGUUCCCGAAGACAUCACUCUCCUUUGGGCCGACGACAACUGGGGUAACGUCCGAAGGUUGCCGCUGGUGAAUGAGACAUCCCGAAGCGGUGGUGCUGGCGUAUACUACCACUUCGACUACGUCGGCUCCCCGCGCGACUAUAAGUGGAUCAACACCAUCCAGCUGGAGAAGACAGCAGAACAGAUGUACCUCGCGUAUGCGCGAGAUGCCCGCAGGAUUUGGAUCGUUAACGUCGGCGAUCUUAAGCCCCUCGAGAUCCCCAUCAGUCACUUCUUCGACCUCGCGUACGACACCGAAAAAUGGGGGGUUGAUGGGACUGAAGAGUGGCUCAGUGCCUGGGCGACCAGGGAGUUUGGUGAAAACCACUCGUCCAACAUCUCGGACAUCUUGACGAAGUAUGGCAUGUAUGCAGCUCGCCGAAAGUACGAACUGGUUCAGCCCCAGACCUACUCUGUCAUCAACUACAAUGAGGCAGACGCAGUCUUGGAGCAGUGGGCCGCUCUGCAAGCGCAAGCUCAGGCUGUGUACGAUGCUCUCGAUAAAGAGUACCAAGCGGCCUUUUUCGAGAUGAUUCUGCACCCCAUCACCGCUGGCGAGAUUCUGAACAAGAUCCAGAUCAACGGAGCGAAGAACCAGUUGUACGCUGGACAAAAGCGUAACCUGGCCAACGAUGUUAUCGACGAGUCCAGGGCUUUGCUCGACGCCGAUGCUGAGCUGACCAACAGAUGGAACGAGUUGCUCGAUGGAAAAUGGGUGCACAUGAUGGACCAAACUCAUCUUGGAUACGAUGACUACUGGCAACAACCCAUGCGCAACACCCUCCCUGACAUGCGUUACGUCCAGACGCAAUUCCCCUCGUUGGGUGGUCAGAUUGGCGUCGGGGUCGAAGCCUCCAACGCGAGCGUCCAGGGAGACGACAAGUGGCAUACCAACUCUGCCAACGACCUCACCGUGCCCCCACUGGACCCCUACGGCGCGCUCUCGCGCUACUUUGAGGUCUUUACUCGUGGCAACACGGCGUGUCCCUGGGCGGCCAGCCCGUGGGUGCCGUGGGUUAAGCUGUCGCAGUACAACGGAACCGUUGGCGGCGCGAACGGCACUGAUAGUCGCGUCUGGAUCUCGAUUGACUGGGAAAAUGCGCCGGCGGCUCCUAACGCGACGCAGGUGUAUAUCAAUGUCACAACGCCGUGUGUAGGCACGGAGAAGUACUCUGGCCGGGGACAGAGGGUCAUCGUGCCGGUUGUCAAUCGCAAGGUUCCGUCCAGCUUCACUGAGGGCUUCGUCGAGUCUGAUGGACACGUGUCCAUCGAGGGCCCUCACUACCAGAAGAUCGUCGAGCCGAGCGGCAUUUCAAACAGCAGCAGCAAGCUCAAGUACCAUGUGCUCAAGAACUACGGCCGCACCAUGGGCGGAGUCACGCUGUACCCGCCCGAGUCGGAGAAAGUUAAGCUCGGCCAGGGUCCGGCCCUGGAGUACAACUUAUAUCUCUUCACCAACACCAGCAAGGCCAAUGUCACGCUGUACAUCUCGCCGUCGGGCAACUACCUCGGCGACGGCAGCCCACUCGAGUACGGCAUCUCUCUUUUCCCGACCGGCAGCAACGGGCCGCAGCCCAAGACGGUUCAGCCGGUGGGCAAGACGCAGGGUCAGAACAUGCCUGAUGGAUGGGACGGUGCCGUGGCCGAUUCUGUUUGGGGACUCAGCGGCAACUACACGACGACGACAUUUAACGUCGCCCAGGAGGGUGCGUACACGUUGCGUAUCUGGACGCUCCUCCCGAACGUUAUCGUGCAGAAGAUUGUGGUCAACCUCGGCGGCGUGAGAAAGUCGUAUCUCGGCCCCCUGAGAGUUUCUUGCUGGGACGUGAUGAGCAGGGCGUUUCUAGCCGGACGGUGUUUACGGAUACGCCCGGUAUUCUUGGAGGUAAAUCACAGUAACGUGCAGUGGGUUGUCGACGCGUUGGCCGUGGCUGUUAGUGUUGCUUCCAAGUAA